AUUAAGUUUUUUAUUGAUCCAAAAUCAAUACAAGAGCUCUAAACAGUCAAACAAUGUUGAAAUUUGUGUGCUUAGCCCUCGCCGUCGCUGUUGUGUCAGCCGGUCUCCCAUACAAAGACUGCGCAAACAAGGAGGUGACCAACGUUGAGAUCACUGGAUGCACAACCAGCCCGUGCACACUACACAAGAACCAGAAGAUCACAAUCACCAUUGACUACGUUGGAAAUCAGGACACCUCAAAGGCUGACUGGGAUUUGGUGGCCAAAGUGGGUGAACUGGAGUUUGAUUUGGCGGCACUGAUCCCUGGCUUCGACAAAGACGGCUGUCACUCACAGAAAUGUCCCGUUAAGAAGGGAGACAAAGUUACCUUCAAAUACGACAUCACUAUUCCCGGCGCCACUCCAGAGAUCGAAGCCGAGGUCAAGGCUGUACUCAAGGGUGAAAAGGGAGACCUCUUCUGCGGAACAGUUCGUGGAAAUAUCAAAGAAUAAAUUAACUAAUAUUUUCAAUAAUGCUAUUAAUUUAUUUAUUACAAAUUAAAAUAAAUAAAUAAUUAUUAUAUAA